AUGGUAUUCGCAAGGGAUGCCAAAUGGUGUGCCAAGAACAGGAAACUCAUGUUGAUCAGUGAAAGAGUUCCGGCGCGGUCUCUAGCAAUUGUUGCUGAUGGUGUGUUGAAAGCAAUGAGAAACACAUUCGUUGCAGCAUACGUGAUGUAUGACAAGGCAUCAGCUCGUGUGCAAGGAGAUAUCAGCCUAUGGCGACCCCACAAGUACGGAUAUGUUAAGUGCUUCGUGAUGAGGAACGACAACCUUCUGACUAGGUUCAGAAUGGAAGGGGCUAUGCGAAUGAGAAAGAGCAUUGCCAGUAAGCACCCCGCUGUCAUGGCGUAG